AUGGAGGACGGAGAAAUGGAGGACGGAGAAAUGGAGGACGGAGAAAUGGAGGACGGAGAAGUGGAGGACGGAGAAAUGGAGGACGGGGCAACGGAGGACCAAGCAACAGAUGACGAAGUAACGGAUGACGAAGCAACGGACGACGAAGCAACGGACGACGAAGGAACAAAGAAACCCCAGAGGAAGCAUCGCAGCGCCGAGGAGGACAAACAAAAUAAAACCCUCCACGAUGCAGACAUAUACGAGCGCCUGGGAUUUUUUAUAGCCCUUAAGAUGAUGAACGAAAUAAAAGGGCUUCCCUCCGUCGAUUCCAACUACCAGUGGCUGCCCUUGUUGUACAUGGCCUUGGGAAAUGACUUGGCCGUUUCGAAAAUUUCCUUGAGCAUUGUAAAACCGUAUUCCAUUGCGCUCAUUAGAUUGCUGAGGGACUUUUUCAGCGUUGUCUUUGACAUUAAGAAAGUGGAGAACUCUCCAAUGGAUCACUCCUACGUGAUCAAGUGUGUGGGAAUAGGCUAUCGCAACAUUUCGAAGAAGACCUUUUAG